AUGGCGCUCCCCGCCAUGAAGCCGGCCUCGCAGGCCAAGCGCGUGAUGAAGUCGAAGAGGGUCAGCAAAAUUGCGACGGGGCGCUUUGCCAAGGUUAUGGUCUUCAAGGGCAAGAAGGAGAAGACGUCGGGCGGCAUUAAGGCCGACGGGCUGAUGCUCAACAAGCGCGGCAAGGUCGUCUCCAAGCGCGCCUCGGCGGCGGGGAAGCGGAAGUACGGCAGGAUCGAGGGCUGGGUCGAGGCGCUCAUGGCGGCGCGCGAGGCGCUGCACGUCAAGGGCUUCGUGGCGAUCAACGGAAAGACGCUCCAAGGCAAGGCCCUGUAUGUCAAGACGAAGGACGGGCCCUCCGCGCCAGCGCCGGGUGCGUCGGCGCCGCCCCUUCGCAGGGCGCGAAGUGAACGGUGCCGCCGCGCCUUCUGGGAGACGACGCGAUCGGUGUUGAGCGGCGUUCGAGAAGGACGAGAUGAGGAGGACGAGGACGAGGGAAGCUCGUGGUCAUUCACGGCUCUCGACCCCAGGCGCCGCUGCCGCGUGCGCGCCGAUUGUACACCACCGCUUGGAUUAGCGCUGCGGCAGUAG